GUGUGAUGCUGCUCCCUAACGCCCAGACUUCAGGCUUCUUCCCAGCCAAGCUCAGAGUGCGAGCCUGAUUCACUGCAUCUAGGUUACAGGCUCCCUCCUUCACAUUGCUUGCUCUUUCUCUCAUACCACUCGAUACAUCAGAAUUAAAAGACGCUGUAGUAUUCCUGACAGAACAAUGGCAGUGCCGUCCAACAAUACAGCACUGAACUUGCUCCUUUCAAAACUGCUGGAAGACUUUGUAGCUAAAACAAACCACCCCACGCCUGCACCAGUCACAGCAACCAGUGACCACCUGGAAGUAGUGUUCAUACUCUUGUUGUUCUGCUUCUUUGGAUUCUUUACAUUUGGAGUCAUGCUAAGCUAUAUCCGUUCCAAAAAGCUUGAACAUUCGCAUGAUCCAUACAAUGUGUACAUUGCCACAGACAGUUGGGGCAAGAAAGAUCAAGCUAACCUUCAAGCCAAAGUGGUAGAAAACUAUAAGUCAUGUUGUGUAUUGAAAAACCAGCAUGCAGUGGAGCAACCAAGCAGUCACCUUCCAGAAGCAACAUCUUCACCGUAAAUCAGCAAUUAAUUUUGGCUGCGACAUUGAUAGCCAGGGUUGAUUUGGCUGAUCUGGCUGGCUAGGCGGGUGUCCCUUUCCUCCCUCACCAGUCCAUAUGCAUCCCUCCCGAAGCUACGCACUCGGUGGAAGAGGACAACGUCCCAGGUAUAGAAGAAUUAAUUUUGUGGGCGUCAUGCCAAAUCUUCAGAAAGCUCCAAAAGAGAAAGAGAGAAGAUCUUCGACUAUCAUCAUCAAAAGAAAAAUGACAGAACACUAGUAGUCAUUAUGUACUCCCUGAAUGCAUGAUCAUCCAUUUAUGUUGGAGAUGAUAAGAGUUAUAGUCCAAGACGUCUUGAGGGCACCAACUGGGGAGGUGCCCUAGUUUAAUGAAGGAAAUGCACUUACUGGCAUAAUGAAGGCUUGCCUCCAAUGUAUUGUGAACAAUUGUUCUGUAACAUUGCUAUUGUUUCUAGCUAAAGGAUCAACUAGCAUCUACUGCCAUAGACAUCUGUAAGAUAAAAUCUGCCAUGGUUUCUUCCAGAUAAAUUUGGGGAAAAUAUAAACCAAACCUCAGUUCGCAGACUGAUCCUUAAUAACAUUGAGGAAUCACUGUGAUAGCAGUCAAUUGCUCCAGUGAACGUAACAGACCAGAGAUGUUUGUUUUGAUCUCACAUAGUUUAGGUAUCUUCAUCUAACCAACUGUAAACAAGGAUAAAGGAAGACCAAGUCAGCUUACUGCAAUGUUGGUCACAUAUUUUCCUUGUAUACAAGAAGUCAUCUAAAUUUGCUAGACUUUAACCACUUCAAAUUGAUGGUUUGGUUGAGAUUAGUAGGGAAGGAAUCAUGAAUGGCUAUGCAGCUUCAAAGCAGGUUUCAUGGAAUGCAAAGGUGGAAAACACAGGCAUAUGUGAAUACUGUGAAGGGGCAUAAUAUUAUUAUGAAGGAUCAUAAUAAAUACACUGUAGAACAAGUGAAAGUAUGUGUUAAAAUAUGUUUGAGAAUACUGUAUUUCUUUCUCGUUAUUUAUGCUUUAAUGCUUUGUUCCUACUGUUUCAGAAAAGUCUUUGUCAUACAACUUAACAUAUCUUCAAGCUUAUGGCCAGAAUCGUGGUGGGGAGGGUCACAAAAGUGAUUGCCUUGGGGUCACCAUACAUUGGAAAUGACUUGAAGGCACAAUACAACAACAAAGCACCAUAGUUGGAAAUGACUUGAAGGCACAAUACAAUAACAAAGCACUGUUGCUAUUCAGUGACACUCCCUUUGAUCUAAUGAUGUCAAUGGAGUAUACAACAAUCAUAACUAUCUCAUGCAAAUAUCUAAGUUUUGCAUCCCAGUUGUAUGGUAUCCUAUUUAUUAGCUUAUGGUUGUGAUCUUCAAAAGGCAUUGUAUUUGAAAUGAAAGGAUAUAUAUGGCAAUGUUAAAUCUGCUAAAGAAAUCAUGUGGUCCACACCCAUUACAAUCAAUUGCAAAUUUUCUAUGAAAUCCAUAGAAUGUAAAUUGCACCAAAAAGCACUUUAAAACAAAUCUUUCCAGUUACUUUUCAGACAUCACACACAAUUCUUAUUAUUCAUUCACAGUUCCUCUUUUGAAAUAGUGGAGUUUCCCUUCAGUAUGAAUUAUUUC